CUCUCAUCUCUCCCUUCUUACCUCUUCCCGAUCAUAUUCUCGCUGUUGCUGGUUGUCGUGGAAGAUCAACUGCGCUCUCUCGGACCUUUCCAGCCCUUGUUGUCUUCGGUUGAAAGCUAAACCUCCUGGUUAUCCACAACCUGUUCUCCUGAGACCAGUGCUGGAGACCUAGUUCUCCACUAAAAUUGCUAAAUUAACGAUACCAACUGCGUCCUGUCCUAGUAAUCAAUCCAGAGCAUUACAAUCCCGGCUCUCUUGCUGGCUCCCAUCACACCCCGUCCCCCCUGAUCGUCCCGUCGUCAAAUUUCACAACCUGUCAACUGCUCUCACGCCUUCUCUCCCUUUCCCCAUCCAUCUUCUUUCUAUCCAAUUGACCAAAGCCGCUCCUCCUUGUGGUCUUGUUCAUUCAUCAUGGCUGCCGAUUUGAGCGGCGAGCAAAUGCAGGCUAAGAUCACCUCUGCCCGUCGCGAGGCAGAGGGUCUGAAGGAUCGCAUCAAGCGCAGGAAAGAUGAGCUUGCGGAUACUUCGCUUCGCGAAGUUGCACAGAACAACACUGAUCCCCUCCCACGAAUUGGAAUGAAGCCGCGACGGAACUUAAAGGGACACUUGGCCAAAAUUUAUGCUAUGCACUGGUCAACAGACCGCCGCCAUCUUGUCUCUGCCUCUCAGGACGGUAAACUGAUCAUCUGGGAUGCUUAUACAACAAACAAAGUCCACGCUAUUCCCCUACGAUCGUCAUGGGUUAUGACUUGCGCGUACGCCCCAAGCGGUAACUAUGUUGCUUGUGGCGGUCUGGACAAUAUCUGCUCUAUCUACAAUUUGUCUUCCCGAGAGGGACCAACCCGUGUCGCCCGAGAACUGUCCGGGCAUACAGGCUAUUUGUCGUGUUGUCGAUUCAUAAACGACCGUCGAAUCAUCACCUCUUCAGGCGAUAUGACUUGUAUGCUAUGGGAUAUUGAGUCGGGGUCAAAGGUUACAGAAUUCGCAGAUCAUUUGGGCGACGUUAUGAGUAUCAGUAUCAACCCCACAAACAACAAUGUUUUCGUUUCCGGCGCAUGCGAUUCCUUUGCCAAACUCUGGGAUAUCCGCGCCGGCAAAUCCGUACAAACCUUCUCCGGCCAUGAAUCGGAUAUCAAUGCAAUCCAGUUUUUCCCCGAUGGCAACGCCUUUGGUACUGGAUCGGAUGACACCACCUGUCGCCUCUUCGACAUCCGUGCAGACAGGGAACUCAACACAUAUCAGAGUGAUCAAGUUCUUUGUGGUAUUACUUCAGUUGCCUUCUCAGUCUCUGGCCGACUUCUUUUUGCUGGAUAUGAUGAUUAUGAGUGCAAGGUCUGGGAUGUUCUAAGAGGGGAGAAGGUUGGGUCACUUAGUGGUCAUGAAAACCGCGUCAGCUGCCUAGGUGUCAGCAAUGAUGGAAUCAGCUUGUGCACAGGAUCCUGGGAUUCUCUUCUCAAGGUCUGGGCCUGGUAAACCAGUCACAACACCUCAGUUUGUUGAGGGGUUGUGGAAUUGAAUAAUGGUCACCUCCUCAUCCAUCUGGAAUGGCCUCCCCGUUCCUCUCGCUCGACGAAGCUGUAUCUCCUCCAUUACCUCCCACUUCUCCUUUUCCCCUACAUUUGAUAUCCUCCAGUAAGCGUGGAAUUUAAAAUGGAAAGGCAAAUGCUUACACCUCUCGAAAUUCCAUUGAUGGCUGAAAGACUCCUUGUUUCCCUCACGGAUGCUUCAUUUACAGAUAUCACAUACUACACACUACGACGACAUGAAGAAUCCCUGAUUCUCAAUCAUCAGCCCUACCAUUCAAAAAGUCUGACUGUCCCCCAUUAUUCUGUCGAAUUAUUUCCUGAAAUAGAGGGAGAAACGGGGUGACAAGGGCUAACUACAACAUACUAAGAAACAAUGCUCACGAAACC